CGGAGCCCGGCGCCAUCCCCGUGCCCAGCAAGGAAGCUGCAUUUGGAACGCUGUGCUGAGCAGAGGUUUGGAUCGUUCCAGCUGGCUGCUCGCUCUGAAAGGACGGGCUGGGUACAAAUGAGAUGUGACUGCGCCGGUGGAGUUCAGUGACUGGGGCCGGAGCAAGAGGAGCCUUCCUGGGAUGCUGCUGAGAGCUGCUGGCAGCUGAGAACUCUGCCUGGUUCACCCGGAGCCCUGUGAAGAGCUUGGAAUAGCAGGAGUCUCUUUGCUGCACACCAGGAAAGAAAUUCUUCUCUAGAUAAUGUUAAGAGUCCUCUUCAUCGAUUAUUGGCAGCUGCUGCUCUGUGAGAAAACCUCUUCCAAUUUGUCUUUCCCGAUCCUUUGACUUCCCGCUCCGACAGCCUUACAGCUUCCCCGAACGCCUCAUAAAUGCACUGCAAUGGUCACAUGAACACCUCGGAAAGGGAACUUCUGCAACUCCUCAUUCCCAUGGCACAUUAGGAGGAGCACCUGGAAGAGUGCUAAGUCCAGCAGGAACUGGAAGCCCUGCCAAAGAUGAAUCUCAUCGGGAAGCUCCACAGAAGCUUCCGAAUGCUGGUCAUUCUCCUGGCCACCUUCUGCUUGGCAAGUAUUGUCAUCUCCGCCUAUUUCCUCUACACUGGCUACAAGCAGGAAAUGGCCCUCGUGGAAACCACUGGGCAAGCAGAGUGCGAGGACCUCAAACUUCUGCCCUACAGGUCUGCAGAGCUGAGAACACCUAAGCCAAUUGAUCCCUCCAGGACUGAUCCCACUGUGCUCCUGUUCGUGGAAAGCCAGUACUCCCAGCUGGGGCAAGACAUUGUAGCCAUCCUCGAGUCCAGCAGGUUUCAGUACCACAUGGUCAUUGCGCCAGCCAAGGGGGACAUUCCCCCUCUCACAGACAACGGGAGAGGGAAGUACACCAUCGUUAUAUACGAGAAUAUUUUAAAGUAUGUGUCCAUGGACUCGUGGAAUAGAGAGCUUCUGGAAAAAUACUGUGUGGAAUACAGUGCUAGCAUAAUUGGUUUUCAUAAAGCCAACGAGAACAGCUCCCCCAGCAGCAGGCUGAAAGGGCUGCCCUUGCAGCUGUACAACAACGUGGCCCUGCGGGACUGCGUGGUGAACCCUCGCUCGCCCCUGCUGCGCAUCACCAGAGCGCCCCGGCUGGAGCAGGGCCCCCUGCCCGGCCAGGACUGGACGGUGUUCCAGUUCAACCACUCCACCUACCAGCCCGUGCUGCUGGGCGAGCUGCAGCCCCACGGGGGCCGGCCCACCCCGGCCUCGCUGCCCCGCGCCGCCCUCCACGCCACCGUCAUCCAGGACCUGGGCCUGCACGACGGCAUCCAGAGAGUCCUCUUUGGGAACAACCUGACCUUCUGGCUCCACAAGCUCAUCUUCAUCGACGCCAUCUCCUUCCUGUCGGGGAAGAAGCUGACGCUCUCCCUGGAGAGGUACAUUCUGGUGGACAUCGACGACAUCUUCGUGGGGAAGGAGGGGACGAGGAUGAACGUCAACGAUGUGAAGGCUUUACUAGAGACUCAAAAUUUACUGCGCACUCAGGUUGCAAAUUUUACCUUCAACCUUGGAUUUUCAGGAAAAUUUUACCACACAGGGACGGAGGAGGAGGAUGAGGGUGAUGACCUGCUGCUGAGAUCUGUGGAUGAGUUCUGGUGGUUCCCCCACAUGUGGAGUCACAUGCAGCCACACCUCUUCCACAACGAGUCCUCACUGGUGGAGCAGAUGAUCCUCAACAAAGAGUUUGCAAUGGAGCACGGCAUCCCCACGGGCAUGGGCUACGCGGUGGCCCCGCACCACUCGGGCGUGUACCCGGUGCACGUGCAGCUCUACGAGGCCUGGAAGAAGGUGUGGCACAUCCGUGUGACCAGCACAGAGGAGUACCCGCACCUGAAACCCGCACGGUACAGACGGGGCUUCAUCCACAAUGGCAUCAUGGUGCUCCCUCGACAGACCUGUGGCCUUUUCACUCACACUAUUUUUUACAAGGAAUAUCCUGGUGGUCCUCAGGAGCUGGACAAAAGUAUCCGAGGAGGGGAACUGUUCCUCACCGUUCUCCUGAACCCCAUCAGCAUUUUCAUGACCCACCUGUCCAACUACGGCAACGACCGCCUGGGCCUCUACACCUUUGCCAACCUGGCCAGCUUUGUGCGGAGCUCCACCAACCUGAGGCUGCGGACGCUGCCCCCGGUGCAGCUGGCCCAGAAGUACUUCCAGCUCUUCCCCGAGCAGACCGACCCGCUGUGGCAGAACCCGUGUGACGAUAAGAGACACAGGGAUAUUUGGUCCAGAGACAAAACUUGUGACCACCUGCCCAAAUUCCUGGUGAUAGGACCCCAGAAAACAGGUACAACAGCCCUUUAUUUAUUCCUUCUGAUGCACCCUUCCAUUAUCAGCAAUCUCCCCAGCCCAAAAACUUUUGAGGAAGUUCAAUUCUUCAAUGGCAACAACUACCACAAGGGGAUUGACUGGUACAUGGAAUUCUUCCCCACUCCUUCCAACACCACCACCGACCUCCUCUUUGAGAAAAGUGCCAACUAUUUCCACUCUGAGGAAGCUCCCAGGAGAGCUGCUUCCCUCAUCCCCAAGGCCAAGAUCAUCACCAUCCUCAUUGACCCGUCGGACCGCGCCUACUCCUGGUACCAGUUGCUCAUUAUUGAUGGACAGCAGCUGAGAAGUGACCCUGCUACUGUGAUGGAUGAAGUGCAGAAGUUUCUGGGAGUCUCUCCUCACUACAAUUACUCUGAAGCCCUAACGUUUGACCCUCAGAAAGGCUUCUGGUGCCAGUUAUUGGAAGGAGGGAAAACAAAGUGCCUGGGGAAAAGCAAAGGUCGGAAAUACCCCCCAAUGGACCAAGAGUCCCGAGCGUUUCUGUCGAGCUACUACCGCGAGCACAACGUGGAGCUGUCCAAGCUGCUGCACAGCCUGGGCCAGCCGCUGCCCUCG